GAGAUAAGAGAGCGACCGAAUCAUGAUGGCUGAGUUCAAAUGGAUUCAGACUUCUUUAUUUCUGAUGGUGAUGCUUCAGUUCACAGCAGCAGCUGAGACACACUCAGCUCACACUCACUCCUUGACUGUCAGAGUUGGAGAUGACGUCUCUUUGCCUUGUGAAAAUGCAGUGAAAAAGAAGCAUAAAUGUGGCAGUUGUAUCUGGCUGUACAGUGGUUCAAGAAGCCCAGCAGCAGUGGAGCUGGUUCAACUCGGGAAGGUUGUUGAACGUGAUAAACCUUCAUCAGACAGACUGAGUGUUCUACAGAACUGUUCUCUGGUCAUGAAGAAGGUCACAGUCGAGGAUGUUGGUCAUUACACAUGCAGAGAGUUCAGGUCAGGAGGAGAACAAGGUUCAGACUCUGUGGUUCAUCUGUCUGUGAUCAGCAUGACUGAACUUAAGGACACCGAUAAGGUGACAUUAAACUGCUCUGUGGUGACAUAUGAGCGAUGUACACACACAGUGCAGUGGUUGUUUAACGGUAACGAUGUGGAUAAAGAUAACCAGGAUCUCAAGAUGUCACAGUCUUCCUGCUCUGCCUCUCUGCAGUUUCUGUCUUCUCAUUACUUUUACACAUCAAGGUAUGAACGACUCAAGUGUAAAGUGACCAAUGGUAACAAAGUGCAGCAGUUUGACCUCAUCCCUCAGCCCUCAGGCGAGAAACCAGGUGAAGAUGCAACAACUUCAAUAUCAUCAGCACCACCAACAUCAACAUCAAUAUCAGCAGCACCACCAACAUCAACAACAACAACAGCAACUCCAGACGCUCGUACAGAUUGUUCUGUGGUGAACUACAUAAUGUUGGUGAUGCGUGUGGCUGAACUCGUCCUCAUCACUGUGAUCACUGUUCUUCUCAUCAGAGCUCGAGGAAGGCAGAGACCACCUGAUGACAACACUGUUUUAAACUCAGGAGGAAGCAGAACAGCGAGGCGUUCAGGUGCAGCAGCCAGUCAGGUAAAGAUGGUGAAAAAUGAUGAAGAUGAAGAUGAUGGUACCAUGGCAUAUGAAAACCCUGGAGCCACUUCUGCCUCUUUCAGACUCCACUGAUCAACAACUUUCACAUCAACAUCGACUCAUAGUAGACUGCAGCGCAAUUAAAUGACUUCACAUUUACGUCGGCAGCCGAUGGCUUUAGAUAACAAAUUAUAAAAUGUCUGUCGUUAGACGACAACAUUCAAAUCUUGAUUUCACCUCACAUCAGGAGGUUCUCACUGUGAGAAUUAGAAAAUGUCUUUUUCCUGCAUCAUUUGUGAAAUUCUUGAUGUCCUGCAGGUCGGAUCACGGCAGCUGGAUUUCAGCUUCAUUUAACAGGAAAGAUCAUUUAACUCUUGUUGACUUCCUUAAAUCGUCUUCCAGCUGAAGAGUUCAGAUCAUGGUUUUCAGAUUUACUGGUUGUUUUUGAAGCUGCAGCAUCUCGAGGUCAGUUUCAUGUCUCUGCGUCCAGAAGAACUCAUUUGAAUUCACUUCCAUGUCGUAGCAUUGUUGUUAACAUAUUUGUUGAGACGUGUAUGUGUUUGACUUGAAGGGGUCUUCAACCUUAAUGGAGUCAUCAACAGUCUUCUCUUUAUUAUAUCUGUGAACAAUGUCACCUGCAAAUAAAGAAAUAU